CUAGUGCCGUGCCAUACCUACCAGACUUGAGAGAAAACCCUCUAACUUUGUACAUCUACAUCUGGCAAUCCGACAAUUUAUAAUUUCCCUUUGAGUGCCCAAUUUUCCACUUCCAACCAUGGCCACCAACGAAAAUGCCCGUCAGGACCUACCCUACUCCCUCUCGACACUGAGUGUCCAUGCAGACGAUUCGCUCAAUCGCCACACCGAUGUCGCUCCACCAAUUCACCUGUCAACGACAUUCCGCUACAGCGACGACCCGGAGCUGCUGGUCCCAAUUAAUGACGGCGAGUUCGGGCCAUUGACCGCCCCCGUCUACUCCCGCCUUUCCUCCCCCACGUCCACUCGCAUCGAGACCAUCCUCUCCUCCCUCCUCCACGGCCACGCCCUCACCUACUCAUCCGGCCUCUCUGCCUUCCACGCUCUUCUCACUUUCCUCAACCCCAAAGUCGUGGCGAUCGGGGGCGGCUACCACGGGUGCCAUGGCGUGCUGGACCUGCACUCGAAGCUCAGCGGCUGCAAGAAGGUCGAUCUAUUCGAUGAUGCGGCAUGGGACGAGGCGAAGCUCGGGAAGGGCGAUCUCGUCCAUGUGGAGAGCCCGAUCAACCCGACCGGGGAGGCGGUGAACAUUGUCGAGCUAGUGGAGAAAUCGCGUAAGCGGGGCGCAUAUGUGAGCGUCGAUGCGACGUUUGCGCCGCCGCCGUUGAUGGAGCCAUUCAAGCUGGGCGCCGACAUCAUCAUGCACUCGGGAACCAAGUAUCUCGGCGGACACAGCGACCUGCUCUGCGGCGUAUUGGUGACGAAGAACACGGAGUGGUGGGAGAAGAUGUUCGUUGAGCGGAUCUUCCUGGGCAGCGUCAUGGGCGGGCUGGAGGGCUGGCUGGCCAUCCGCAGUCUCCGAACGUUGGAGCUGCGGGUACUACGGCAGAGCGGGAACGCGGAGAAGCUGGUCCGGUGGAUCCACGACUUGGUCACGAACGGGGAGGGAAGUGACGCCGAGGCAGCGAGGAAGGUCGUCGCUGAGGUCAAGCACGCGAGUCUCCAGACCGAUCAGAAAUGGGUGAAGGAACAGCUCCCCAACGGCUUCGGGCCGGUGUUCGUCAUCUCCAUGAAGUCGAGAGUGCUGGCACGAACGCUGCCAUCGAAGUUGAGGCUGUUCCAUCAUGCGACCAGCCUCGGGGGCGUCGAGAGCUUGAUCGAAUGGAGGAAAAUGAGCGACGCAACGGUGGAUGAUCGGGUCCUGAGGGUCAGCAUAGGGGUUGAGAAUUGGGAGGAUCUGCGGGACGAUAUGCUCUAUGCUUUCCAGCAAUUGGCGACAUUAUAAACGGAUCCUGUUCAUGUAAUAUUACCAUAAACACUGGUAUAUACGAGUGCCCAGGCACCAAACCAAGAACCCCUUGUAGAGUAUAUAAUGAUUC